AUGGCUGGGCAGAUUCUUGAAACUAUAAAUGAAGUUGUCUCUGUGAGUCAAAGAUACGAGGCAGUCAAGGUUGAGGAACAAGCGACGCCAGCUGCAUCGGGUUUUUCAAUUGUAAGCGGAUCGACUUCUUUCGGAUUCGGUGAGCAACGCCCAAAGACUACGUCUAAGAGCAAGCUUUUUUCAAACAAUGAUAGUGGAGGUUUUGGAGGUUUUGGUUUACAGAAAAGGAAUGAAACAAACGCCUCGCUUUUUGGAAGCGCUAGCCAGAACGCUUCGGAUUCUACUGAUAGAUCGAAAGCUAAAGCUUUUGGUUUUGGAAGUUCCAAUCCUGUUGAGGAAAAAAAUGUUCCAGGUCUGGGAGGGGGUUUUUUUGGUAGGUCAAGCUUUGGAAGCGCUAGUCUGAACGCGUCGGAUUCUACUAAUGGAAAGAAGGCUAACACCUUUGGCGGUGCGUUUUCUGGUGGAAGUGGCUUUUUUUCCGCAACAAAGUAA